AGCGAAGAGGAUGCUGAGAGGGAAACGCUCAGCCCCAGAGAAAAGAGGCGCGUCUUCCUGUGGGAUGAAAGCCAUCCUUUGAGGACAGAGGAGCGGACUUUCCUUCAGGGCAGGCGGCGAUGCUGGGAGUUCUGGCACCACAGAUACGGAAAGGGUAAACGGGACUUGGCCCAGAACAGAAAAAGGACUUUUUUUUUUUUUUUUUUUUUUUUUUUUUUUAAAGGCAGAGGGGAAGGGGAAGUUCUCUAGCUUGUUAAAUGAGAGCAGGAUUGCAGAAGGCUCAAAGGUGAACCUGGGAAGGCAGCAUGGGGCUGAGAAUGAAGGACUGUGAAGAAAAAAUAAAGGUGAAUGGGGUGCAGGAGGUUAAGAAACGUUGGCAGGUGAAUGGGAAGGGAGAGAUCAACGGGAAAGCGGCACCCAAUGGUCAGCUUCAGGGUGAGCGAGAGGCCAGAGGCAAGCCUCUGGGAGACAGCAGCCCACUGCCGGUGUACAGCUGGGAGGAAAUCAAGAAGCACAACCUGCACACGGACCAGUGGCUGGUGAUCCACCGAAAGGUCUACAAUGUCACCAAGUGGGCAGACAAGCAUCCGGGAGGUAGCCGGGUCAUCAGUCACUAUGCUGGGGAAGAUGCCACGGAUGUGUUCUUGGCCAUGCACCUGGAUCAGGCUGUGGUUCAGAAGUACCUAAAGCCCCUGCUGAUUGGACAACUGGCCCCUGAGGAACCCAGUCAGGAAAAAAACAAAAAUGCCCAGCUGGUGGAAGAUUUCAGGACACUGAGGAAAACAGUUGAGGACCUAAAUUUGCUAGAGCCCAGUCUCCCCUUUUUCUUCUUGCACCUCAUCCAGAUUCUAUUUUUAGAAGCUUUAGUUUGGUUCAUAUUGAGAAGCUUUGGCAAUGGCUGGCUCAUCACAAUGUUUAUCUCCUUUCUACUCACAAUUUCCCAGGCUCAAGCCUCAUUUUUGCAGCAUGAUACAGGACAUCUCUCCAUAUUUAAGAAAUCCAAAUGGAAUCAUCUCAUGCAUAAUUUCGUGAUGGGGCAUCUAAAGGGUAUGUCAGCAAAGUGGUGGAACUAUCGUCACUUUCAGCAUCACGCAAAGCCCAAUAUCUAUCCCAAAGACCCAGAUAUUGACGUGGGACCGCUUUUUGUGCUUGGGGAGUCACAACCAAUCAAGUAUGGCAAGAAAAAAAUCAAAUAUAUUGAUUAUGAAAAGCAGCACCUAUACUUCUAUGUAGUUGGCCUUCCCCUACUUAUGCCAGUCUAUUUUAACAUGCAAUCAAUUCAAGUGACGUUCCUUCGGAAGGAAUGGAAAGAACUUGCCUGGAUCAGCAGCUUUUACAUCCGCUAUUUCAUCACCUACAGAUCUUAUUAUGGAAUUAUUGGGACUGUACUUCUCAUAUAUCUGGUCAAGAUGCUGGAAAGUCCCUGGAUUGCAUUGGUCACCCAGAUGAGCCACAUUCCAAUGAGGAUGAGUACAGAGGAGAACCAGGACUGGUUUAGCACACAGGUUUUGGCUACUUGUAAUGUUAAGCAAUCCUUCUUCAAUGACUGGUUCUCUGGGCAUCUCAACUUCCAAAUUGAACACCACCUAUUUCCUAUCAUGCCCCGCCACAAUUAUUAUAAAGUUGCACCACUAGUGAGGGCAUUGUGUGCCAAACAUGGAAUUGCCUAUGUGAACAAGCCAAUGCUAAAGGCAUUUGGAGACAUUGUAAGGUCAUUGAAGAAGUCUGGGGAUAUCUGGGUGAAUGCUUACUACUACACUUGAGAAGGAACACAGAUAUUGGACACGGGUUGGGGAAUGGGGAAGGUAUUUUCAUUGCUUUAUUGUCCUUGAAUGUUGAAGCACUUUGACCAUGCCAACUUAAUGUUUAUACAUUAUACAGAAACCCCAGACUUUGCCUUGUAGGGCUAUCAUUCAAAAUUACAAGUAGAAGAAAGAAAAGACUGGUUUGUUUCAGAGGAGGGAAGGAAACAUGGGGUUCUGUUUUCUGCAUAUCAAAAGUUAGUCUUUUCAACAGGUCCAGUCCCCUACUUGGGAAGGAAGUGCAAGAGUGAGCAAAGCAUUUCAUAAAAGUAAUUCACUGAGAAAGAAUUGACCCUAUAGAAAUUCCUAUUUCUCUAGAACUUAAGAUUUGCAGAGCAUCUUCUUUCCUCCUAAACAACCUUGAGAAGAAAUUUGUACGAGUGUUGUCAUAUACGUUUUACAAAUGAAGAAACUGAGGUCCAAAGAGGUUAAUCACAGAGGUAGCAGCAUUCAAUCCACUGUACUGGGAUAGCAGAUAGGGUUUAAAGGAGGGAGGAACAAAUUAUUUAUGGCAGAUCUGUUUGGAAGGAAAAAUUACCUUUUCUUCUUUAGUGAAAAUAAGAUAUUUACAUAUAGUUGGCAAAACACUUAGGCUCUUUGUAAUGAGGGAAUUUCACAGUUAAGCAACCUGAGGUUCCAAGAAAAAAAGUCAGAUUGUUAUGCUUACAUGAAUGUAGGAAGCAAGAUACAAAUCUAUGUCCCACUUGCUGUCAUGUCCAUCUGGAGCUCUAUUAUGACACCAUCUCUUGGACCCAUAAAUCUCCUUAGAAAAUCCCUUUGUCCAUCAGCCCCAAGGCCUGCACUUCUGGCUCAAGUUCCCUCAACUACAAUGCCAGUGUUCUUGCUUCAUCAAACAGCCCACAAAAUUGUAGAGAACUGGAAUCAGUGAAGAGAUCUAACCCAGCUAAGGCAUAGAGCCAAUGGAGGAUCAUAUGACAAAGGAGCCAUACUGCCUCAUCACCUUGGCCUUUUAAAAUCCUUCAAUGAGAAUCCCCUUCUAAUUCUUCCUAAUAUUUAGUGUUCUUUCUCUCUUCAAAUUGACUUUUAUUUAUUACUCUGGCCAAAGGCUAUAUCUCCCCAGGAAAAGAAAAGCUGCUUGAAGGCAGGAACCAGUUUGUCUUUGCACCCCCAGUGCCUAGCACAGUCCCUUUUACCAGAAGUUCCUGAUAAAUAUUUUGAUGGUGAAAAUGUCAUAAGGGCAGCUAGGUGGUGCAAGG